CAGGACGGUGAAAAGCUUCCGGAUGACACUGAAGUGAGCAGCCUUAAACGCUGGGUGGAAGAGCUAAAGCUGCAACGCGGAAAUGACUUAACGAAGCUUAUCCAACUGGAGAAGCAAUCGCUGGCGCUAGAGGAGCAGAACAAACUUUCGGCGGACGAGUGCCAGGCAUUGCACCGCGAAAACAAACUCCUACACGCACGCUUCGUGGCCAUUGAAUGCACGCAACAACUGACUGCGCGGUGCUUCUACCAUUUGGAACAGCGGUCACAAGUUCCUGAGCUGCAACUACCUUUGCAGAGUUUCGCCGAGGUCGAUGUGGGGCCGGUGAUCGUCACUUACUCGAAGCAAGACAUCAAAGCAGAGAUUGAAGAGGACGUCAUCCCGUGGCUGACAGAAAACGUCGUCAAGCUGCUGACGUACCGAUUUCACAAAUUUUGUCUGCGAAACGAAGUAUACGGCCUGACGCCGCAUUUCGUCCACUCUGCCAUCAGUCACAUUGCUGAGUUUGCAGCCAACGACCAGCGAAUAAACGUCUUUAACAGGUGA